AUGUCCAGCAUCUUCACCUCCAACGAACUCGCCAAGCACGACGGAACCGACGCCAGCAUCCCCAUCUACGUCGCCAUCAAGGGCUCCGUCUUUGACGUCUCUACCAAGAAGGAGAUGUACGGUCCCGGCGCCGGAUACCACUGCUUCGCCGGCAAGGACGCCUCCAAGGCCCUUGGAAAGAGCUCAUUGAAGCCCGAGGACUGCAUUGCUGACUACAGCGAUUUGGACGAGAAGGAGCUCAAGACCUUGGACGACUGGUUCAUCUUUUUUGAGAAGAGAUACCCCAUCGUUGGCAAGACCGCUUAA